AUGAAGACCUUCCUUGUACUUGGUGCUCUGGCAGCCCUUUUCCAGUCUACCUCAUGCCUCGAAGCGGGAACUUAUAAGAUCAGGCCUGCUGGUGGGGUCAGUACUAGGGUUCUGACUGACACAGGUGAACCUAACGCCCCUGUGAAAUUUGAUAUCGCCCGCUGGGAAGUUUUGGACCUUCUGGGUAUUUCUACGCAAACCAAUACCAAGUUUGAAAUAUCGGGUCAGAGAUGGCACUUUCUGGGUAAUGGCAAAUAUGACAAUUAUGGAAGCACUACCGAUUUCGAUCAAUUCGUCAUCACGAGCGGCAUCGGCUACAACAUCACUUGUGGCAACCAGGUGGGCUCUCCUUGCGUUAGCGGUGACAAACCUCAAUUCUACUCCGUCAGAAAAACUAGUUUCGGUACAUAUCAGAUCGUUGACAAUGAAUCCGGUUAUUUCCUACGCGCCUCUGGGGAAGAUGAAGUGCACCUUGCCGCAGAGGACAAUAGCAUCCAAGAGGAGUUUUUCCUUGACAAGCUGCCAAUUGGCGAGUAUGUCCCCCGCGACGAUACUACUUGA